AAACCCUGACUAUUAGAGUAAUCGUUUACAAAGUAUCGAAAAUAGUGCAGAGGACGGAUCAAGGUAGAUUACUGUCAUUACGGACGGGCCAAAGGAGUACGCGACGUAGCUUAGCAUCACCACCUUCGAAGGUUCUGUAGAUCGGUUCUUUACACACACAAAAAAAAUGCUUUGGAACAACCAAACAAAUUGCAAUAUUUUCGUCGUCGUGACUGGACGGCGGCCAAUCUUGUUCGACCGUUACUGCCAUUUGAAAAAAAAAAGCAACAACAAUGUAAGAAUAGCUGCCAUUCUUAGACGUUUUUGUGUUUUGUGUUAGCGUAAUAUGCAACAAAUGCACGGCAAUCGUCAGCUGGAGGGUUUCCCAUGUUUUCAAGCUUCACUUAAGUUCGUCAAAUAUUUAGAGCAAUCGAAAUACUAAAGCAAAAACCACACAAUGCAAAACAUUAAUUCGUCGUACCGCCUUAAGCUGGCUGGCCGAUGCCAGCCUUCAGUGACAAAUGCACACGGUUCAAUACAAUCAUUUCUAGCGAUGUGCCACUUCACAUAGAUGAGGUUUUUUAAGUGUUUCUUUUCGUUCGUUUGGUAGCCCUUUCGAUUUUCGGUUUCGGGAACAAGAUAAAUAUGGGAGCAUAUUAGGGAAGGUUCUUCUGAACAUGGUGGCACAAACAACAUUCGGUGGUUUCAGCUUUCACUCGGUAGCGCUGAAGAGUGUGAUGAAGAUCUGCUUCUCUCUCUCCCUCUCUCGCUAGGUUAUAAGAGGUUGCAUUAUGCAAACGAAGCAAGUAUUUGCACAGGGCUACAGCGUAGGGCAUCAGAAAACAAGCAAUUUAGUCACAUAAGUCCGCGGAUUUCAGUAAAUUAAAGCGUAAAUUUCAAAACUUCAUACAAUUACACAUACUGGUGACUAGUGGCAGUCUUUGCCGAGAUAGCACACGAUACCACAUGAUACCAACCACAUAAACACACACACACACACACACACACACACACACACACACACACAGAUACAUGCAAAUACAUACUGAACACACUCAAUCAUCCCUUCAUCCUUUUAUGAAGAUAUAUAAAAAUAUAUAAAUAAAUAUAUACAUAACCAUAGAUACAUGUACGAACACCAUCGUUAAGAUUCACUUUCUAGACUCCUGAUUGCGAAACGAAGUACAAAUUAGAAUGUAUGCUUUAACAACUCAUAGGAAGAAAACGGUAGCUUUCACUACCCAUAGACACGAGACACACAAACACACAAACACACACACAUACAAGCUCUAUAUUAAAUAAACGAUAGCCAAUUCAUGAUAAGAUGGUUCACAAAUUGACCGCACUAAUGCGAUCCAGGUGCUGCGACUGACCUGUUGACUAGUGAGAUUUUAUUGUUGCUUUAAAAAGCGUCCAAACCACUUUGCAACUGUUGAUCACAUUUGGCCACGUUGGAAUAUCGUAUUCCAAGCAUGCCUUUUUUGUUGUUGCUAAGUUCCACAUCGAUAUCAUCGAUGUCGGUCAAGCGCCAUAAUUUCAAGUCUAUCUUUUUCUUUUUUGAUAACUUUUUCGAGUCAAAACUAUUGUCACAAGCCUAAAUACGAGAUGGUCCUUGCAGAAAAGAGUAAUCGACUAAUUGAUGUUAUCUUAAUCUAAAUGAACGCGCUUUCAGUCGUACAGCUUUUUUUAAAAGAACAAUUUACCAUACCGCAGAUAACUCGUUAAUGCCAUCUUCCUGCUUGCUGCUCUAGAGGCCAUAAGCAGGAACCAUGAUUCAUUCACACGAAUCGCACACGAAUUUAGUAGUAAAGCGUCAAAUUAGUAGCGUGUCUCAUGCGACCUUGCGCCUCCCUACAAACGGAUGCGCAACGGAUUGGUUUCUAUCUUUUCUCUAUUCUUUUUAUUCCUUUUUCGGCAAUCUAAUCAGUCUGCAGACGCUGAUGCAGCUGAUUGUUCGUGCUGUACUACUUUUUGCACUCUACCAGUUCGCGGUUUGUUUGAAAGCUUAAAGAUAGAGAAAAACUAGUUGAAGGUUCGACGAUGGUCAAGUGCAGCAUAUUGAUAGUAGCCAAAAUAGGAUGUGUUCGAUUGUUCUGAACAAAGUAAGACAAACACAUAAACACCGUUGCAGCUCUAUAGAACAUUUUUAAUCCAAUUGAAAAAAGCAAAACAUACAACAAAAAAAACGAAAAAAAAACACAAGAAAGCACACUGGCGAUUGAGGAAAAGAACUGUAAAAAUAA